GUUGGUGGAUGAAUUAGGAAAGUUCUCUGAUCCAGUUUGCUGCAACAACAAGAGUUUCAAAGAUGAUCUUGCUAAGGUUAUAAAGCCCCUUGAUAAGGAGCAGCAAGUUUUGGAUGUUGCUUUUUCUUCUAAGGGUGCUUUUGUUGUGUCUGAUUCUCCUGAGCAGAAGCAGAGUUUACUGGAUCCUAUGCCUAAAAUGAGUGAAUCUAAUUCUACUGUAGUUGUUCUAGGUUGUAUGGACCCUACUGGUCUUGAUUCUUCAGUUAAGGGUCUUGAUCAAGUUAUGGGAAAGUCUGUAGUACAAAUUAAUCCGGAGAUUGAUAAGAUUGAAGGACUUCCUAAUGAAGAGGAAGGGGGCACUGCUGUCCCUGUGGUGCAAAAAAAGAGUAGGAAACCAAACAAGAAGCGAUGAUUAAAUUUGGAGCUUGGAAUAUCAGAGGUUUGAAUGAUCCUUCUAAACAAGUGGAGGUUAGAAAGUUAAUUGUUGAUAAUUGUUUAUCCCUAUGUGGGAUUGUGGAAACUAAGGUUAGGUCAUCUAACCUUGUUUUGACUAUGAAGAACUGUUUACCUGCUAACUAGGAUUCCAUUCAUAAUAUUGGUGUUGGGUCUGUUGCUAGGAUUCUCUUUACUUAGAAUACAUCUCUUCUCAAGGUGGAUUUCAUUUCUAGUAGUGCUCAACAUGUUACGUGUCGAGUCCAUCAUGUUAAUUCUUUGUUGCCUUUCAUUGUCACUGUGAUCUAUGGAAUGAAUCAGUCUAGUGAUAGGGCUGUUUUGUGGAAUGAGUUAAGAGGGUUGCAUCAGUUCUUGGGUUCAGAACCUUGGCUACUUUUGGGUGACUUCAAUGCUGUUAGAGGUGUUAAUGAAAGGAGUGCUAUCGAUAGUUUUGACUAUACAGCUGCUACUGCAUUUAAUUCCUGUAUAGAGGAUAUUGACAUUGAAGAUCUUCCAGCAAAAGGGUUUUGGUUCUCAUGGUCUAAUAGAAGUGGUGGUAUGGGAUGUAAUAAGAGCAGAAUUGACCGAGUUAUGGUUAACCAUAUUUGGCAGGAUACUUUUAUUGAAUCUGAAGCAAUUUUUCUUGCUCCAGGGAUGUCUGAUCACUGCCCUCUCCUGGUCUCCAUUUUUCAUUAUAAACCCAAGAGGAAACCCUUUAAGUUUUUUAAUUUUUGGACGCACCAUCCUCAAUUUUCUAUGCUGAUCAUGGAGGCUUGGGCCCAGAAUAGGAGUUCUCACCCAAUGCAGAGGCUCUCUUAUAAAUUGGGGUUUAUGAAGGGGUUGCUUAAGAAGCUGAACACUACCCACUACAGUAAUAUUAGUGGUAGAGUGGCAGAUGCAAAGGCUAAGUUGGUUCGAAUCCAAGAAAAAGCUGCCCUGGGUCAUGUUUCUGAGGUGGUUAUUGCUCAAAAAAUAGAGGCUAUGCUUGUGUAUAGAAAUUUAAGUGCAGCUGAAGAGGCUUUUAAACGACAAAAAUCCAGGAUACAAUGGUUGAAUUUAGGGGACAAUAACACUAGUUUCUUUCACAGGAAAGUGGCUGCUAAUAGGUUGAGGAACAAGAUUCUGUCCAUUAAUGAUGAGCAUGGAAAGAGACUUGAAGAUCCUGCUGAGGUUAGGAAGGAAGUAGUUUCCUUCUACGAGAAGCUUCUGGGUACUAGUUUCCCUUAUAGAGCUGAUUCUGCUACUGUCAUGAAUAGUUUAAUGUCUGCAAAAGUUCCUGUAGAAUGUCAUGAUGGUUUUAUUUGCCUAGCGUCUGCUGAUGAGAUAAAGUCUGCUAUGUUCUUUAUUGGGGGGGAUAAAGCUCCAAGGCCUGAUGGAUUCAAUGCUGGUUUUUUCCAAAAAAAUUGGAACUUGGUAGGUCCAGAUGUGGUGUUGGCUAUUUGUAGGGAGGCUUUUUUUGUCACUGGUUCUAUGCCAAAAGGUUGGAAUGCAACUGUAUUGACCUUGGUUCCUAAAGUUUCAGCUCCUACUAGUAUGAAGGAAUUUCGUCCUAUCGCGUGUUGUAAUGUUCUGUAUAAGUGCAUUACAAAAGUGCUGGCAAAUAGAAUGCAAGGCAUUUUGCCCCUUAUCAUUAACCAUGGUCAGUCAGCUUUUGUAAAAGGAAGAUCUAUAGCCGACAACAUUCUUCUUAUGCAAGAGCUAGUCAGGAACUAUCAUAGGGAUGAUGGCCCUACAAAAUGUGCUAUGAAGAUUGAUCUUAUGAAGGCUUACGAUUCUGUUUCAUGGGAGUUCUUGCGAGAAAUGUUGACUGCCAUGCAUUUUCCAGGUCAAUUCACUAAAUGGGUAAUGUAUUGUGUGUCUAGUGCCUGGUUUUCAGUAGCUUUACAUGGUGAUUUGGAAGGUUUUUUCCAAGGGAAGAGGGGGCUAAGGCAAGGGGAUCCGAUUUCUCCCUACCUUUUUCUGUUAGUCAUGGAAGGUUUCUAUUCUAUUUUGCAAGCCAAGAUCUUAGGGAGCAACUUCACUUUCCACCCAAAAUGUAAAGCUUUGCAAAUCCACCAACUUGCUUUUGCGGAUGAUUUGUUUGUUUUGUGUGGGGCUGACAAGCAUUCUUUUUCUAUUGUCAAGUCGGCUUUGGAUGAUUUCUAUUAUUCUUCUGGGCUCCAACCGAAUCUUCAGAAAAGUGCAAUCUUUUAUUCUGGAGUAGGCAGUGACCUUACGAGGGAAUUAGAGUCUAUUCUUCCUAUUCCGCAGGGUACUUUUCCAGUUCGUUAUUUAGGAGUUCCUUUGAUUACAUCUAGGCUAUCCUACAGUGAUUGUGUGCAGCUCAAGGAGAAGAUCUUGCAAAGAAUUAGGAGUUGGUCAACGAAACUUUUGUCUUUUGGGGGAAGAUCUCAGUUGAUUGAGUCAGUGUUGUGGAGCAUGCAAGUCUAUUGGUGUUCUAUCUUUAUUCUUCCCCAAAAGAUUUUAAAGGAAGUUGAAGAUAUGCUUAGGGCUUUUCUGUGGUCUGGGGUUCAGAUGAAGCAGACUGGGGCAAAAAUUAAGUGGGAUUGGGUGUGCUCUCCGAAAGAGGAAGGGAGGUUGGGCUUCAAACCUUUAAGACUCUGGAAUAAAGCAACUAUGACACAUCACUUGUGGGCUCUAAGUAAGAAGGCAGAUUCCUUAUGGGUCAGGUGGAUUCACUCUUAUAUUAUCAAAGGGAAAUGUCUUUGGAUGAUGCAAUUACCUCAGAAUUCUUCGUGGACUAUUAGGAAAUUAUUCAAGCUUAGAGACAAGGUGCAACCUUUGAUAAAGCAUGUGAUUGGAGAUGGGGAUAGUACUUUCCUCUGGCUGGAUCAUUGGCAUAAUGUUGGUCCCCUAUACAAGGUGUUUGGUGACAGUAUACUUAGGAAUGUCGGAAGCUCUCUUUUGGCAAAAGUUUCUUCUAUUAUUCAUGAAGGUGAGUGGCAAUGGCCAAGGCAGCGUAACAGAGCCAUCAUGCAGAUAAUGAGGAGCACUCCCCUCACUUUGAAGCCUAACCCUUUGGUUGUUGAUUCUGUCAUCUGGAUCUCUGCCCGUCAUGGUAUGUUCUCUGUUAACUCUGCAUUGCAAGCUUUUAGAACCUCUCUCCCUAAGGUUCUGUGGGCUGAUAUUAUUUGGUUUAAACAAAGGAUUCCUAGAUGGGCCUUUAUAAUGUGGCUUGUUUGUUGGGGUAGGCUCUCUACCAAGGAUAGAAUUCUUUCUUGGGGUUUAGUGGUGGAUCCCAUUUGCGUUUUGUGUCGUGGCGGGACUGAAUCUCAUAGUCACAUAUUCUUUGAGUGUCCUUUUUCAGCUUUGGUUUGGGCCAAAAUUUUGCAGAAGUUUGGUAUUUGUAGAUGUCCUGCUGGCUGGUCUCUGGAGAUUGAUUGGGCUAUUCAUCACCUCAAGAAGUCAGGUUUUCUUUCUUCUCUCUAUAAGUUGGCUAUGGCAGGCUCAGUAUACCACAUUUGGAGGGCUAGAAAUGAGUGUAUUUUUUGCAACAAACAGCCAUUCUCAGAGGUAGUUUAUGAUCGGAUUAUAAACGAUGUGAGGGACAGGGUCUAUUCUUGGAAGAAAGUUGGGGUUAGCCAUGGCAACAAGGUUUUGUGUGAAGCUUGGAAUAUCUCGGGGUAUGCCAUUUUGUUUCAUUUUGAUGGCAUGUGUGCAUGUGGCAAUGAGUUGCCAUGCAUAUGUGUAUGUGCAUGGCAUGCCAUGGAUUUUGUGAAGACAGGAUGGACGGAUGUACCAAGGAGAGGAAAAAUGAAAUUCCAAGGUGACUCUAGGUGGAGCAAGGAUGCAUUCAAGGGAAUGACACAGGCGCUUUACCAGAGUGGCAAUGGAAAUGGUGCUAGUCUUAAGAUUGGAGCAGGUGAAUAG